UAAAGGACAGCCCUAGGAGAGAAAAAUAGUUCAUACCAGGAAAAAAAAACAAAAAACAAUUAACAUCAGCUCUGUAGACACCGAAUAUCCAGGUAAUUUUCUAUGCCAAAAAUGUUCUCUUACCUAAGAAAGAAACUGCACAUUCACGUCAAAGAAAGCAAGCGUCGUCGGGCUCGACUGGUAUCUAAAGAUGGAAGAUGCAACAUUGAGUUUGGGAAUGUGGAAGAAAAAUCUAGGGUGGCUUUCCUGGCUGACAUAUGGACCACGAUUCUGGACUUGAAAUGGAGGUACAAGAUGAUAGUCUUUAUUUCUGCCUUUUUGGGGAGCUGGUUCCUGUUUGGCUUGCUGUGGUAUGCAGUUGCUUACUUACAUAAAGACCUUCCAGAGUUUGACCCACCAGUAAAUCAUACUCCAUGCGUUGAAAAUAUUAACGGACUAACUUCUUCAUUUCUCUUCUCUUUGGAAACCCAAGUGACCAUUGGCUAUGGAUUCCGCUGUGUGACUGAGCAGUGUGGUACUGCUAUAUUUCUGCUAGUUGCCCAGUCAAUUUUGGGGGUCAUUAUUAACUCUUUCAUGUGUGGAGCUAUCCUAGCUAAAAUCUCAAGACCCAAACAGAGAGCCAAGACUAUAACAUUCAGCAAGAACGCAGUCGUAAGUAAGAGAGGAGGAAAACUGUGUGUACUAAUUCGAGUGGCAAAUCUAAGGAAAAGCCUUCUUAUAGGGAGUCAUAUUUAUGGAAAACUGCUGAAAACAACCCUCACGCCAGAAGGGGAGACCAUCAUUCUGGAUCAAGUCAAUAUUGAGUUCAUAGUGGAUGCUGGAAAUGAGAAUCUUUUCUUUGUGUCUCCAAUGACAAUUUACCAUGUUAUUGACAAAAAUAGCCCUUUCUUUGAGAUGUCGGCAGAGACUUUAGUACAACACGAUUUUGAGCUUGUGGUCUUUUUAGAUGGCACAGUGGAGGCGACAAGUGCUACCUGUCAGGUGCGUACAUCUUAUAUUCCAGAAGAAGUGCUCUGGGGAUUUCGAUUUGCCCCAAUUGUGUCAAAAACCAAGGAAGGAAAGUAUCGCGUAGACUUCAGUAACUUCAACAAAACUGUUGAGGUGGAGACUCCACAUUGUGCAUUUUGUCUCUAUAAUGAGAAGGACACCAAAGCCAAGCUUAAGAGGGGCUAUGACAACCCUGCCUUUACUGUUACCGAGAUUCCAGAGACUGUAGAAGCUGAUGAAACUAAAAUGUAAAAGUUCGAUUUUUGUAUUUUUCUUUAGAUAGGACGGUGAGGUGGUGUUUUUGUUUUUUUUUCAUUAAACUUAAGAGUCCACAAGGACUGAUUACUUGUAUAACUUCUCUGUGAGAAAGCAAAAUGUAGCAGGUCAAGUCUAACGAAAAAAGUUUGCCACUUAAAUAGAUGGAAUCAUAGCUGUAUGGUGUGAACAAGAGACAAUCUGAGUAACUAAAAAGACAUCAUUGAAAAUCAACUAUACAGUAUCUGCCCUUCGCUACAUAUUUAUAUGCAGUGUAAAAAUGGUUACAUGUACAGUAGAAUUUUUAUUUUUUUAAAUAGAACACAAAGUACCUACAUCCCCAUAUGUAGUGUGUCCAUAUCAUAUACCGUACUUUUGAGCAGUUUAAGAUCAUAUAUAGAGAUGAGCGAAUUUACAGUAAAUUUGAUUAGUCACGAACUUCUCAGCUUGGCAGUUGAUGAC